AUGGGCAACGGUCUCUUCUUCGGCUUGUGUGGCAUGGCUGCCUCUCUCCCCGCAACCAUUCAGUUUCCCCCAAGUCUCCUCGUUGCUUUUCGGGAUAACUUCUCCCAGCCACGAAAGAUUGGCGACUCCUCCGGUUUCUGGCUGUCGAUCUCGACAUGGAACCAACACACUCUACACCCACGUCAGAUGCCAUGGUUGAGAAUUUACCACCAGAGGUACGACAUGAACUUCUCACCACGCUUGACCUCUCCUCUCUACGCAACAUGGUCCACGCUUCUCCAGUUUUUUACCGCCAAAAGGACUCUUGGGAGAACUGUCCUGGAUGCGUAUUGGGUCUACCAAACUGCCAGGUCGUCCAAGUUUCCCAGUAUUACGAAUGACGAAACUAUCUCCAACUUUCGUCAGGCCUACAUGCAUCAGCAAGCAUCCGGUUCCUACUCGAUCCUCAGGAAGAGUAUCACCGAGAACCUAGCCGUCGGGAUCGCCGCAUUUCAUUACUCCACCGUCGACCCUAUCAUGCAGCUCUACAUUCCACAUGCCCUGGAAGCUCUAUCUAAGGAGACAAACCGGAUUGUCGAUCAAGAACCACUAAGCCAGGUCGAACAGGCUCGAUUGAUCAGGGGACUUUACCGAUUUCAACUGUGUUGCAAUCUGUUCACUAUGGCAAACUUUCCAGAAUCAUCUACUUUAAGCAGGAACAGGCGAACGAUGCGUAUCUUGACCGACUACAUCAGUCUACUCGAGCCAUGGGAGAUUGAAGAGAUGAAAGAAGGCCACGAAAGGUACCAGAUCCAGGGCACAGUCAUGAUCUGGGCGAUACCGCAAUUAGGACUGCCCUCCUAA